GGGAAGCCUCGGGCUAGAGAGAGUGAGGAGAAGACCAGAGGCAAGCGCGAGGAGAGCUGCGGACGAGGGACAAGGCAGGACGGAAAGAAGGGUAGAAGGGGGACCAUUCCAGGCGGAGGAGGGGCGAGGGUCCUUCAACGAGCGGCGGCGGAGGACCCGGGGCCGCUGCCCCUUUAAGGUUGCCAAGGCGACGGCUCUGGCCAGAGCGAGGCGCAUUGACGUCAGCAGCUGGGCACUGAUUGGCUGCGACGCGGCCGUUUCCGGUGGAGCCGCCGAGCAGCAGCUGUAGCCGAGUGGAUUCGGGCUGGGAGGGGAGCACUGAGGUAGCUCCGCCGGCCGCCGCCUCGACCGCAGUCCGAACCCGCCGCAGCCCGCCCGCAGUGAGCCAUGGCGUCUGGCAGCACCGCCAGCGAGGAGGAGCGCAGCCUCCGGGAAUGCGAGCUCUACGUGCAGAAGCACAACAUCCAGGCCCUGCUCAAGGACUCCAUCGUGCAGUUGUGCACCGCGCGGCCCGAGAGGCCCAUGGCAUUCCUCAGGGAAUACUUUGAGAGGUUGGAGAAGGAGGAGGCAAAACAGAUCCAGACUCUGCAGAAAGCGAGCGCUCGUGCAGACUCGAGGGAGGAUGAAAUCUCUCCUCCUCCACCCAACCCAGCGGUAAAGGGCCGGAGGCGACGAGGCGCCAUCAGUGCCGAGGUCUACACGGAGGAAGAUGCUGCAUCCUACGUGAGGAAGGUUAUACCAAAAGAUUAUAAGACAAUGGCUGCUUUAGCCAAAGCCAUUGAAAAGAAUGUACUGUUUUCACAUCUUGAUGAUAAUGAGAGAAGUGAUAUUUUUGAUGCCAUGUUUCCGGUGUCCUUUAUUGCUGGAGAGACUGUUAUUCAGCAGGGUGAUGAAGGGGAUAACUUCUAUGUGAUUGAUCAAGGAGAGAUGGAUGUCUAUGUCAACAAUGAGUGGGCAACCAGUGUUGGGGAAGGAGGGAGCUUUGGGGAACUUGCUUUGAUUUAUGGAACACCUAGAGCAGCCACUGUCAAGGCAAAGACAAAUGUGAAAUUGUGGGGUAUCGACCGAGACAGCUAUAGAAGAAUCCUCAUGGGAAGCACACUGAGAAAGCGCAAGAUGUAUGAGGAGUUUCUUAGUAAAGUGUCUAUUUUAGAAUCUCUGGACAAGUGGGAGCGUCUCACGGUAGCUGAUGCGUUGGAACCAGUGCAGUUUGAAGACGGGCAGAAGAUUGUGGUGCAGGGGGAGCCGGGAGAUGAGUUCUUCAUUAUUUUAGAGGGUUCAGCUGCUGUGCUACAGCGUCGUUCAGAAAAUGAAGAAUUUGUUGAAGUGGGAAGAUUGGGGCCUUCUGAUUAUUUUGGCGAAAUCGCGCUGCUGAUGAAUCGUCCUCGCGCUGCCACCGUGGCUGCCCGUGGCCCGCUGAAGUGCGUCAAGCUGGACCGCCCGAGGUUUGAACGUGUUCUUGGCCCGUGCUCGGACAUCCUCAAACGGAACAUCCAGCAGUACAACAGUUUUGUGUCCCUGUCCGUCUGAAACCUGCUUCCCGUGCCUCCCUUCCGCCUCUCCCUGUCCAGGCUUCCCCAUGCAGACUGCUCUCUGGCCCCUCUUUGCAGCGCCACGUGGCCAGUGGCAUCGCAGCUUCUUGUCGGUUUCUGUUAAAAGUUGCUCUUACUGCACCAUUUUUAUUUUGGAGCAUUAACUGAGUGCUCAUACACAGUUAAAUAAAUAGAAAGAGUUCUGUGGA